GUUGUGUUAAUAUCGUUGCAUGGAACUCUCUUUGCUAGCUGCUUUAAUUUAAUAGGAAUGAAUUUAAGAAACAGCAAUGGAUCUCUCCAUUUGUAAAGUCUCCAUUUUCAGAAAGGAUUUUUGUUCAACUCCGUUAUACAUGUAACCAUAACGCUAUGUCACGAAGACUGGUGUGUCUCCCACAUUGGAGGAUGUUCUACCCCCAUCUUUCUGUACUGAGGCCAACACUAUUAAUACUGUCUUCACAGACUGUAGUACGCUGUGUCAGUCGUACCUCUAUCACAGACAUGUCAACCAGUAACCUGUGGCGGAAGAUACAAGUCUCACAGCCAGGUUUGAAAGACGGAGAUGAGAAAAUAAAUGUUGACAUUACCGUUCUAGACACUCACAAACAUAAGGCCGUUACGGAUGUACCGACAGUGAUAGCGUUGACUGGUAUGCCAGCUCAGUCUGAUGAGUUUGUCCCUUUCUGUUCACAUUUACCAGAAAGAGGUGUUCGACUUGUUGUACCCUAUUUUCCAGGUGCUGGACCGAGUACCAUAACAAAAUGGCAGGUCAGACAUCUUGAUUUCAGCCCUGAAGGUCAAGCUCAACUUCUAUGUGCGAUACUAAACAAGUUGGAUAUUAAUCGGGUGGACGUGCUGUUGUGUUUCAGUGGAGGAAGCUGGCUUGGAUACAAGAUGGCUGCCAGUAGUCACAUGGUCAAAGCAGUAGGAUUCAUCAGUGCUGUCGGCGCUAGACCCCAAAGAAUCAUGAGACCACCCACUUUAGUGCGAUUUGCGGCUUGGCUUUUUCGUAUUGAAUGGUUGCAGAAUUCACUGAUGUCAUUAUUGGCAUUUUAUUACAGAAUCCAUGGAUUAGUUGAUGUCACCUCUGGUCUUCAUCUAGUUGCCACUCUUCAAGUUGUAUCCAGAAUACGUUUUGAUAAGAUUCCUGACUAUGCUGCUAAGAUAGCUAAAAGGAAAUUGCCCAUCUUUAUGGCAUGUAACAGAAACGACAGAAUCAUACAAUUUAAAAUUAUGGAAGAGAUGGCUUUGAAGCAUAUGUGUAUUCCAGAAGACUGUGUUAUUGAAUACUCUGAAGAAAAUAUACCAAACAAACCUCCACUGAAAGUGUUUGCUGGAGACUGGCUGGCUCGAUUUCUCGUGUUUGAGAGGGGUGGACACCGGAUACACAAGACUCAAACUGCCGAGUUGGUGGAACAGAUUCUAGAUCUGAUAAAGCACACACAGAAACACGACAAACUGGGGAAAGCAGACGACCGUGUGUAAACUGCUUACACUAUGUCCUAAGAAUCUCUCACUCUCACUGCUAGUAUACUGUCGGCCUCAGCGGUGUCAGGGUUCAACAAGUCCAUUAGCCCCUGGUCCCAGCUAGUGAAUUGUUGGUCUGGGCUAGUGGAGAUUAUCAACGGUAUUACUAUAAUACAUAAGGCACUAGCCAAAGCUUCUGUGAGUGCUAGUGGAGAUUAUCAACGGUAUUACUAUAAUACAUACGGCACUAGCCAAAGCUUCUGUGAGUGCUAGUGGAGAUUAUCAAAGGUAUUACUAUAAUACAUAGGGCACUAGCCAAAGCUUCUGUGAGGGCUAGUGGAAAUUAUCAACUGUAUUACUAUAAUACAUAGGGUACUAGCCAAAGCUUCUAUGAGGGCUAGUGG